GGCACCCUUUUGGGUAUAGGAAGGAUCCAUUUGUUCACCUUUCCAAUCUCUGGGAUAAGAUCAACUGUAUUUCUUGCUACCAGCUGAAUGGAGUGAAUGUUCUGCUGCUGUGUGUUUCUGGUAGUAUCAGUCAGUCAACCCACUGUGGAUCUGGAGUGUGUCGGCCCAGCACAACCAGCACUUGUCCUGUUUGAGUGGAUUUUAGCUAACCUGCCUGCCUGCCGUGCUCUCCUUGUCAGAGGCAGACCGCUCUGCCAGAGCCUGCUGUGCCUGAGUGUAGGAGAACCAGGGGAGUUACAGACAACUGCAUUUAGCAACUCGUUCUUUGGACAUCAUAACCUGAAUCCACUGGUUUUUGUAACUUCCUGAGGAGCUGGAUGUAUAUGGUUUGGAGCUGGCCUCUGAACUUCGAUGUUUUGUCUGCAUGUGGUUUAGCAGCCUGCUGUGGGUCUUUGCGCUGUCACAGCCGCCCCCAGCCCCUCCCUACCUAGGGUGUUGGGAUCGACUCGGGACAAGAGUUUGAGUUUUUGAACACAACCUUCUGCCUCCUUAUGGCAUGUUGCCUCAAGUCCCACCACCAUGGAAGCUGGACCCUGAUCUCCUACCCAGUUGAUGAAGUUGACCACCUGCACAACACGACGGAGGGAGAUGGGGACAGCACCCCUCUCCCAUGCAAGGGCAAGGGCAAGUUCUCUACCCUUGGCAAGAUCUUCAAACCAUGGAAGUGGAGGAAGAAGAAAAGCAGCGAGAAGUUUACGGAAACUUCAGAAGUUCUGGAGAGAAAGAUGUCGAUGAGGCGACCAAGGCAGGAGCUUAUAGAACAGGGAGUGCUGAAGGAGCUCUCAGAGAAUGAAGGGGACGAUCCUCACAGCCCCAAACAGUCCUACGUGAAGAAUGGCCACACCCUGCCCGUGGGUGGUGGUGGUGGUGGUGGAGGGGGCAGAGGGCAGGAAAACCAGACAAGACCCCCCUCAGACCUUGGGAUGAACCCCUCAGACUUUAAGAUUAACCCAGCCUGGCUGCCCCAGAUAGAGGACCACAGGGUCCGAUUCCCCCCGGACGUAGACCGCCAGGGUGGCCACAGAGGCUCAGGACAGCAGGAGGAGGGCCGGCGAGGAGAUGGAGGGUCCCAGGGGGAGGGGGAAUGGAAGUCUAACAUGGCCUGGCAGGGCCAGGCGAUGGUCCAGGUGCAGGGGAUGGGACAGGAGGAGGGUAGACGCGGGGGCAGACUCCACCCUUCUGACGGAGACAAGCGGCCGGGCCUGCAGAAGGCGCCAUCAGAAGACGGUAGGAGGAGUCGCCCUGCUGAGACCGCAUGGAAACCUACCCUCCCCCGGCACGCGUCCUCAGAGGAGGGAAGGGCCCGUAGAGAAUCAGAGAGCCAUUUUGUUCCUGACCCAGAUUUGCUGCGGGACACUCUCCGAGAGUCUCUGCCCCCCAAACAGUCCGUUAUGCCCCCCAAGUGGCCGAUGAGCUCCACCCCCGAGCCCGGCAGCGAAGGGUCACCCUCAUCCCACACCCCAUCCAACCACCCUGCAACCACGUACUCUUCCUCCUCUUCUUCCUCUGCAGUUGCAUUGCCUGCCCGAACUGUCUCCUCUGCAGGCGCCAACCCCCAAUCUUCAGCAGUAGUGUCCUUCGCUCCAUCCUCCACCCCCCAGGCGACCAAGCAGCCUCCCCUCCCCCUGCCUAAGCCCGUCAACAGGGGCGUUAAUGCUGCCAUGUUGGCCUCCACUCUACAGGGGGGUGAGAACCAGAAUGACUCCCAACUGCCCCUCUACUGGUCCUGCUGGAAACGCGAGGGCGACUAUGAUGUCUACCUGUCCCUCCCUGUCUACCUGUGCCGGCGGGAUGGCAGAGGCCUGCGGUCAGGCAACCUCACCCAGGCCGGUACCAGACUGGUGCCAAAUAAGCCCUCCCCACCGAUGCCCCCCAAGAGGACCACCCCUGUCACAAAGCGCAACCCGGAGGACCCGCCUGCGUCCACCCAGUCUGUCUCCACCCCCUCCCCUUCCCUGUUUUCUCCUGAGGACCAUCAUAACCACUCAGCAGGCUUCCAGAUGCCUCCCCCAUCCCCGCCCUUACCCAACCACAUCCCCCCUUCUCCCCCCCGCCAGCAUCUGCAAGCACACUACCUCCACCACCAGCACUCCUACCAACAUCCCAUCCCCCAGCCCUUGCUCUUUGACCCCCCCAGCCCCACCAGUGAGCCCCCCCAGCGGCCGGCCCCCGUCCCCCUGCACAUCAUGAUCCAGAGGGCCCUGUCCAGCCCCGGCCCGGCCCAGCCACAUCCCGACGGCUCCCAGCGCUCAGCUCACUCCCUGCUCUUCGAGACACCGCCUGAGUACCAGGGGGAUCGCAGCCGGCCCCUAGCCGUCAGCAUCCAGCCUCUGAAACUGGCUGAGGAUGACUACUCGGAGGAGGAGGAGGAUGAUGAAGAGGAGGAGUAUGAUGGGGAGCUCCCCCAGCCAGAGCUGGAGCCACGGAGCAGGAGGUGCAUGGUGGGAGAGCCCAGCAUCAAUGUCAUCCCUGAGGGACCCAACAGCAGUGAGGAGGAGGAGGAGGAGGAAGAACAGCAGGACUUGCAAAGGGACGACAGUGACUCGGACGGGCCAGUGCUCUAUAAAGAUGAAGAUUCAGACGAGGAUGAGGAGGAUGAGCCUCCACCCAGUGCUUUGGCCAGCAGGGUCAGAAGGAAGGACACUUUAGCUUUGAAACUGAGUAACCGACACGCGCCAGAGAAACAAGCUCGAGAGGACAAGUCCAGCGAUCACACCGAACGAUGCACUCCGGGACACACACCAGGACACACACACCAAGGGUCAACUGGGCUGACGUGGCAGAGCAGGGAGCAAUGGGAGGCCAUACGCACACAAAUAGGCUCUGCACUCACAAGGCGUCUCAGCCAGAGACCCAGUGCAGAGGAGCUGGAGCAGAGAAACAUCCUUCAACCCAAGAACCAGGUAGACAGGCAGGCAGAGGUCCGAGAGAUCAAACGUAGGCUCACCAGGAAGCUGAGUCAGAGGCCCACGGUUGCUGAGCUUCAGGCCAGAAAGAUCUUGCGCUUCCACGAGUAUGUGGAGGUCACCACAGCCAAUGAUUACGAUCGGCGAGCGGACAAGCCCUGGACCAAGCUAACACCCGCCGACAAGGCUGCCAUUCGGAAGGAGCUCAAUGACUUUAAGAGCUCUGAAAUGGAGGUUCAUGAAGACAGUAGGAUCUAUACAAGGUUCCACCGGCCUUAGUAUCCACCCCAUACUGGAAAGCACUUUAUUAACCAGUGGCUGGCGGAGUCUCUGGAGAGGAGUCGUAGGGUCUUGGUGCUCCCUAAACAGACUGCCUUUUUAUGUUGCUGAAUGUAAGGUACAGAUCAUCAAGGAAGGCCCUGGAAUUGACUGAACUGAAAACAGGGGGACUGAGGACCGGAUGCAGUAUUUCUCCCGGACAUUAGGGGGAACCAAGUGCCAACAAAGUGGAGAGCUGGCAGAGGGGCUUGACCGAGAGGACUGACUGGGAGCCACUGCCAAUGUGUGUUAUCCCUCAGGGACUUGGUUCCACUGACAACGGCCUUUUGCCUUUUUUCUGCUUUUACUCUGUAUGGCACAGUUAACCCAUGUUGCAGAGAUGUAAAUGUAAUAACAUUACAGUAAUAAUAGUCCUAAUAAUGACUGCUACAAUAAUAAACACAGUGAUAAUACAUGUUAGAGAGGAAGCUGCAGAAAGAGGAUGAGGAAGAAGACGACUGUGGAAUUUGCCGUUCCCCAAGACUGGAAAAGCUCUGGGAUAAUUGUGUAUAGAUUUCUGUGAUUUGUUAGACUGAAACUUUGGAGAGUUCUAAUAAUGACAACUGUAUCAUAUUUUGAUCACAACAUAAAUUACUGCUUUUAUUUUAACCUGUUUUGUAGUGUGCAUUUUUACAUUUUAGUUACCUAGCAGACGCUCUUAUCCAGAGCGACUUACAAGAGCAAUUAGGGUUACGUGCCUUGCUUGAGGGCACAUCAGCAGAUUUUUUUCCCCCGCCUAGUAGGCUUGGGGAUUCGCACCAGCUAACUUUUUGUUACUGGCCCAACGUUCUUAACCGCUAGCCUGCCCUGCCUAUAUUUGUAUUUGGCUGUAACGUUGGGGUGAGCAUUUGAGCUGAUACUAGUCAUAGGAAAGAACACAAUGAGGAGGUAGUUGGUGUGCUAUUCUUUUUAUUUGUUUCGUUCUUUUUUUGCCAGACACUGAUCCCCAUGCUGACAGUAGAAUGCUGGUUUUUCAUGUAGCAGAUUUCUACAAUUCGCUGCAUGAGCCAACACAGUGCAAUUAUUGAAUCAAUACAUAAUUCUUUUUUUAUUUUAAUUUUUUUGUACUUCUCUAACAUAGGUCAAACCAUGCAAUGCUGCAAAUAAUAGCUGUUUAAAAAUGCUAAGAUCAUGAUGGCAUCUUAAAUUAAAUAAAAGUUGAAAUGUUACACAUCUUUAGAGAAUGUAUCAAAGUGCAGUUAGUGUAGAUCAGGAUUUGAUUAAUCAAACAUGAAAAAACUAUUUAGUGCAUUUUACAGUUGACGGGGGAAUCAUUUCGUCAGGAAAAUGCUUUUUUAUCUGGAGAAAUGUAUCAUGCGUCUUCUGGUCAGUAGAUUACAGGGUCCUUUGCUGUACAGAUGCAUUUAGGUUACUGUUGUGUAUCUUUUUCUUCCUUAUUAUUUGAAAAUAAAUGUUAAAUAUAGUAAAGUAUUAUAUGUUGCUAUUUUUCUAAGCACAAAAUAUUACUAUAUAAUUAAACACUACAACAAUGGGAAUUUUUAA